AUGGCAUCCACCAAAAUCCCAACUGCAAUUCGUGCGUUACUGCACGAUCUAAAAGCUCAGACCCUCAGUGUCGGUUCCAUCCCAACGCCUUCACCUUCUUCAACUCAGUAUCUGGUCAAAUCACAUGCUGUUGGUCUCACUGUGGGCGAGCUCUCCUGGCCGAGACCCGAACAAUUCACUGUGUCCAGCCCCGGGGUGGAAUUCGUGGCAACAGUGGUCACUUCACCUUCUACAUCUUCCACGUUCCAGCCAGGCGAUGAAGUAUAUGCCCGAGUCACAUACCCCCAGUCUGGCGCCGCCAGAGCCUACACCCUGACCAGUGAUGAUGAGAUUGCUUUACGACCUAAGAAUAUUUCCAUAACGGAAGCUGCCACCAUUCCGGUCAGUGCCUUGACUGCCUGGCAGGUCCUCUUUGGACAAUUCGAGCUCGAUCCUCCUACUCCCUCUUCGACGAAAUCAUCGACCAAGGAUAUUCGCAUACUGAUCACAGCGGCAUCAGGCAAUGUCGGCAUCUGGGCCACACAGCUCGCGAAGUUGGCCGGUCUCCACGUUAUAGCUACGGCAGGAACUCGCAAUUUGGACUUUGUCAAGAGUCUCGGAGCCGAUGAGGUCCUUGAUUACAGCCAAACCAACAUUCAGGCCUGGAUCGAGGAAGAUCCUGAAAGUAGAAAAGUCGACUUGGUCUUUGACUGUAUAGGUCAAUCUGCGCUCGAGCAGGCCUGGCAUGCCGUCAAGGAGGGAGGCAAAAUCCUCACGAUCGUCCCACCAGCUGAUAUGCAGUGGAAGUGGGUCAUCGACCGGCCGAAGGGUGUCAGCGAGACUAUUAGUGGAGAAUUCUUCGUUAUGCAUCCGAGUGGAGAGCAACUGGGGCAGAUCACGGCUCUGGUGGAAGCGAACAAGGUGAAGCCCUUGGUUGACAGUGUCUGGAAAUUUGACGAAUACCAGCAGGCGUUCGAUCGCCUGGCGAGUGGUAAGACAGCGGGCAAAGUUGUGUUGAGAGUAGAUGAUGAGUAG